GUCCGGCACCCCCUCUCCCCGUCGAACGAUAUUAGUCCAAAAUCUAUAUUUUUCAAAUAAUACCCUCUUACCCUUUCUGUCUUCUUUUUCUUCUUCACGAGUUGAUCUCUUCAUUAUUCGCUAUUCUUCGUUUACGGUUUGCUUCAUCAUCAAUCCCCUUGUAAUUAUAUCAACUGUACUUUGUGGCAGGCCACAAUAUCCAACGAGUUCUAAUUCUUCGAUUCCCCCCGUACUAAUUCCCUAAAUUACGAAACACGCGCCGGCAUCAUGUUCCGCACACCGUUCCAACUCCUCGUCUUCCUCCUUUCCAUCUGCAACAUUGCAGUUGCUGAGGUUGAUGCCACACGCGAUCUGCUACCUCGACAAAGUCCCAGCGCGAACGAUGUGAAUUCGCCUAUCUGCCAGAACUAUGCGCUAGUAGCCAACCUUUCUACCGUCGCAUUGAACGCGACGUAUCGCGCGGCUUUCCUGCGUUCUUCUCCUCUUGGAACGUUUCCGGCCAGGGCUAUUUUGGAUGUAGAGUCCCCGAAACUCCCGGCGAUGAUGAUGGAUGUCCAAUUGAACCAACGAUGUGGAAAUUUGUCUCAGGCUGCUCUCGCCGGGGCUGCUGCAAACCUUAGCGCAGGUACCGUACUCGGCCUACCGAUCCUCGAAGCGCCUGGUAUUGAUCCCGCCAAUGUUGCCAUGCCUAUCGUGGGAAUUGCGAUCUUCUUGAUGUUUGGUGGAACAUGGCUUGCAUUGUAAGCUACUCUAGCAUAGGGAUUUCGCGACGAGUUACGGGGAAUUUGAAGUUUAGGGCCUCCUUGAGUGAGAUAUCUAGUUGGCUUAAGGUUGAACAUUGCAAUAGGGUUGAUGGAUGCAUCUCGGAAUUGCUAUGUAUAUAUAUAACUGUCUAGUUUGCCGUUGGGCAGUUGUACUAGCAAUAUAAUGAAAGGAUGUUUAAGUGGCCAAUCCUAGGUUCUACAACGUUGUGAAAAUGGGAUGAGUUGCUCCUAGUGAAGUGUAUUAUACCUUUCACGUACCCUUUGUCUUGGGAUAGUUAUACGUUAUUGCAACUAUCAAGGAUAGAAGAAUAUAAAACUAAGAGUCCACGACUUGCCAACGUAGCAACACCAUGCUUGUUCAGGUGGACUUAUAUGACUUUUUAGAUUGGUAACUAUACUGGAUGAGCUUAAAAGUAAACCUUGGAAUAAAAUUGAGAUAUGUAAUACUGGGACAGCUUGAAGCAUCCCGCUAAUAUUCCUUCUGUACAUACCUGGUGCGUCUGCGGGGUGGUCAAACUUACCUGUAUGUAGGUACCUAAGGUAUAGGAGGUACCUAAUGUAGUGUACCUGUACUACUUGUCAUAUGGUACGACCGUAACGAUAAGGGCUUCACUUCUAUUUUAUGAG